GGACCAUACCCGAUUGUCUUGACCCGGUGAUUUCAAGUUUUUAUAAAACCCUAAUUAGAAAACCCUAGCUCACCUUUGUUGCUAUCUCUCGAAUUGCCGCCACUCACCUUCCGGACCAGACAGUCAGAGAUCCUCCCAAUCUUGCCACAAUGACAAAGAGAACGAAGAAGGCAGGAAUUGUUGGAAAAUAUGGUACCCGUUAUGGUGCCAGUUUGAGGAAGCAAAUUAAGAAGAUGGAGGUCAGUCAACACAGCAAGUACUUCUGCGAGUUCUGUGGAAAGUAUGCAGUGAAGAGAAAGGCUGUGGGAAUAUGGGGCUGCAAGGAUUGCGGGAAAGUGAAAGCCGGUGGUGCUUAUACUUUGAACACUGCCAGUGCUGUAACAGUGAGGAGUACCAUUAGGAGGCUGAGGGAGCAAACUGAGAGCUGAGCUACCAUUGGCAUAUUCUAUUUUCAUAAGAUGUUUUGCAUGUUUUAGCUAGACUUGUUGAGAUCUUUUUUGACAAUGAUGUGCUAUGCGCUUAAUUUUCAAUUUUAUUUCUGAAUCUGGUGUUGAAACUUUA